AUGAGGGCGCGAGGCCACGAUAUAUGCCACCCACCAGCAUUGGUUACCGCGCAGGAGGGGCAGCAGGAGGAGCAGGAGAAGCUGGAUCACAAACCAGGGAAUCACCACACGCCUGCCCAAGACCACAUACCCGACCCACGCACCUUUGAACCAGGGAGCGACACCUGUUUGAACCACCCUCCACGACACAGCCAGCCCACAGCAUCCAACCCUCACAGCUCACAGCCAAUCGCAGCGUCCAUAACAUCCAAUCCCAUUCCCAAGCAACCAAUCACACGGUCCAUCGAGCCUCUUCCCCUCCAGCCCCCAUUCCUCAUGGAACUCCCCUCCCCACCUAUAGCACCUCCUCCGGCCCCCAACACCCGACCAACGCCCCCACACCGCCCCCCCCAUCAACAUUUUAAGGACCUACCGUUUCCUGAUUUAAUAACUGGCCGCUCAGGAGUCUUAAUUGAAAAGCCAAGCGCUUCCUACUUCUUUAGGUACACCUCACCUGGCCCUCACCUGCCGCUGCACCUGCCCGUACCUCCUGCACCCACCCUGCACCCUCCCAGGUACUGCCAGGUGGGUGGACUGCAACAGGAAAUCCAGAAGUUCUAG